AUGCCUCAUCUCCCCUUCAACACGACUCCUUCUCCUUCGUCUUCUCCCAAGACCGCAGCCAAGACUGCACCUAGCCCGCCUUCGAUAGUUCUCCAUCCCGCUUCGGGCAGUGCGUCAAAAAAGGAGCUGUACAAGUCGAGCGACGACAUGGCGGCAGCCUACCGAAAACGCUACGCUCAGUACCUCGCCGCGACCUUCAAUAUGUCACUCGAGGCGGCCAUGGUCGAAGCCGACACGCAGCUCGCGCCUCGCCGGUGUUCAGACGUCUCGGAAGCGGAGACGUUUCGGGAGCGCUGA